AUGACCGACCCAUUCAAGUCCUUUGAUGAUUCAGGCCGGGAGAAGCCUCCUGCUGCCUCCAGGGAUGUCUUUGCAAUCGCCGGCAUCUCUGUAACGGUCUUUGGUUUACAAGAGCUCCGUUCCGAGGCCUCGGAGGUCGCCUGUCUAUGGCUUCUUCAUCCCCGUCUAGGUACCCAGAAGCGGAUGAUCCGCGUAGCAAAUGCAGCUAUUGCCGAUUGGAAUACCAGAAUCAAGGACACGCCUUCGGCCAAAGGUCUAAUUGCAGUGGCAUUUGACCAGAGAAACCACGGCUCUCGCGAGAUCGAACCGCUUGCGAAUGAGUCCUGGAAGAAGGGAAACCCGAGACACGCCCAGGAUAUGUUUUCCAUCUUUCAGGGCACCGCAAGAGAUACAUCAGUACUGAUGGACUACCUUGCCUCUUACACUUUCCCCCAUGGCGAGCACAAGAUCACGGAGAACCUCGUAUUGGGCGUCUCACUAGGCGGACAUGCCGCGUGGAGCUGCUUGCUGCACGAGCCUCGCAUCACUGCCGGUGUCGUCAUUAUCGGUUGUCCAGACUAUAUCAACUUGAUGGCUGACCGCGCUCGUCUGUCAAAAUUGCCAUCCUGGACAAACAGUGAUCCCCCCGGCAAGGAUGUCCUCGGUUCAGAAGCCCUCCCAUCCUCAUUCCUAGAUACUGUGAAGCGAUUAGACCCGGCCAGUAUGCUGCUGCAACAUGUCGACUGUGGGCCGGUGACAGGUCCCUUGCGCGAGGGCCCGCUGCCCCAGCCAUCGGAGAGCGAGCAGCAGGUUCUACGACCGAUCUUGGACCGUACCCUGGCCGGAAAACGCAUCCUCAACUUGGCUGGUGGUGUUGAUAAACUAGUUCCCUACCACCGGGGUGAGCUCUUCCUUGAUUGGUUCAAGAAGGCCAUCUCCCGCGAUGGGUGGUAUGGUGAUGGAGCCGUAUCGUUUGAGGAUAUCAUUGACGAGGCGGCGGGACAUGAAGUCACCGACAAGAUGGUGGACCAGGCAGUGCGUUUCAUUAGUGAGACACUGGCAGCCAAGUCGGAGACAGGACGCCGAGGCUCGGUGCGUGAGUCAAAGAUGUGA